CUACGCGUAUUUGAAUAAGCUGCCGCUGUUAAUGCAUGGAAUGGACUCCAAGCCCGGUCGAGCGUACUUUUUACACUACUCUUUACGCAGAAACACACGCAUUCACACCCCAAAAAGAUCGAAUGAAGGGACAUCUGUGUUUGUUGAAGGAGUGUUGGACUCAAAAGUCUCAGAAGAUUUUUAAGCUUUUAAGCCAAGACAACCCCACCACCACUCAGAGUCUCCCCCCAUUAGUCUAGUCUUCUGCUGUUGCAGUCCAGCAGUCCAGUCAAUUCAACCUCCCCCCAUGGAUACGCCAACAUUUUUCUUCUUUUUCCUAUUUCUUUCGAAUUUCGUUAACCCCAAAAACCCAAGUACUCUCUCUUUACAAUUACUUGUGAAAUCUGUCCUUUUUCUGCAAUCUCCUCUGUGUCUUCCUCCUUCGGUUUUCGUCCCACCUGAAACCAAAACAAUCACUGUAUUUGUCCCAUGCAUAUGUGUGGUUGAGAAUCGACGGUGGAAAGAUUUCUCAGCACUUGGCUAAGAAUGAAGAAGCGUGAGGAAAGCAUCCCUCUACUUCAUUUCUCCUUGUUUUUCAUGUUCUUGUUCUGUCCUUUGGUCUUCUCUGAACUACCCUCAAACCAAAGAAACGCCAUGAUCGAUCUUUCUAAUCUCCUUAACAAAACAGAUUUAUCAUGGAACAUUAGCAAAGACCCAUGUUCAUGGAACGGAGUUACCUGCAGCUCUGGGAAUUCUUCCAUAACAGAAAUCUCUCUUUCGGGCUUUUCCCUCUCUUCCUCAGACUUUCUGCCUCGUCUUUGCCAGAUAGAUUCUUUGAGGAGUAUUGAUGUCUCCAACAACGCUCUGACCGUAAUCCCGGAGGAAUUCAUCAAGCGUUGCGGGGAGAUUGGAGGGCUGGAGCUCUUGAAUAUUGGCAGAAACAGGUUGGAUAGUUCUCUGCCUACUUUUCAAGGAUUCGUUGGGUUGAAGUCCUUGGACCUGUCUUUCAAUUUAUUGAGUGGAAACAUUACUUUACAGUUAGAUGGAUUGAUUGCCCUCAAAAGUUUGAAACUUAGAGCCAACCAUUUCAAUGGCCCUAUCCCUACCAAUCUUGGAAACCCCAUGGUUUUAGAGCAGCUUGAGCUCUCUGUGAAUGCCUUUCAAGGUGGAAUUGAUCAAAUAAUGGGUUACCGGAAUUUGACUCUGAUUGACUUAGGUGAAAAUAAGCUUUCCGGCCCUGUUCCUGAUAGAAUUAAAGACCUCUCUAAAUUGGAAGUUUUGAUUCUAUCUUCCAAUAACUUCAGGGGGCAAAUCCCAGCAGCCAUUUCAAAUAUCAGAACCCUUUCACGUUUUGCAGCCAAUCAAAACCACUUGGAAGGUACAAUUCCCGGUGGAAUUACAAGAUUCCUCAAGAACUUAGACCUUAGUUAUAACAAGUUAAGCGGGUCGAUUCCUACAGACAUGUUGUCGCCGUCAAAUUUGCAGUCUGUAGAUUUGUCUUAUAAUUUGUUAAAGGGAUUGAUACCUUCAAACAUAUCUCCAAGUUUGGUCAGGUUGAGAUUGGGAAGCAAUUCUCUUGAUGGGCCAAUCCCUUCUUCGGUGUUUGGAAAACUUGAGAAGUUGAUGUACCUAGAGCUGGACAACAAUAACUUGACCGGGCUUAUACCUCCGGAUUUGGGUUCUUGCCUGAGGUUGGCACUGUUGAAUUUGGCAAGCAAUAACCUGACUGGUACUUUACCGGGACAGUUGGGAAAUCUAAGCCGUCUUCAAGUUAUGAAGCUUCAAUCCAACAGGCUGGUUGGAGAAAUCCCGGUUGAAAUUGCUCUACUACAGAAAUUGUCUACACUGAAUGUCAGCUGGAAUUUGCUGAACGGUACAAUACCUUCUUGGAUUUCAAGCAUGCGAAACCUUUUUAACGUGAAUUUACAAGGUAACAGUCUCAGUGGUUCGAUACCAUACGAUAUUUCCCGUUUGAAUUCUCUGUUAGAACUCCAGCUCGGAGAAAACCAACUUACCGGUAAGAUUCCAGUGAUGCCGGCAACAUUGCAGAUUGCUCUAAAUCUCAGCAGCAACCUCCUUGUGGGACCUAUUCCAGAUUCUUUUCAACGGCUUACAGGAUUAGAAGUUUUGGAUCUCUCAAACAAUCGAUUGACAGGGGAAAUUCCAACGUUUCUGACUGAAAUGAGAUCCUUGACACGGUUGCUACUUUCAAACAAUCAACUAUCUGGAAUUAUUCCAAAGUUUCCGUCAUGGCUUACUCUUGAGGCAAGAGGAAAUGAGCAUCUUAUUAACACUACAACAUCAAACACUUCACCAAAAUCAGCCAAGAAGGGAAAAUCAGUUGCCACUGCACUUCUGAUUGGGUUUGCAACUGGUCUUUUCAUUGCUGGGGUAGUCACAGGCCUUGCUAUUUCAAUCUUAAGACGAUAUUGCAGGGUUAAAGGCAAUCUAUUAACCGCAAAUGGAAUCCACAGAUCAAAUAUCGACUUCACCAAAGCUAUGGAAGCAGUUGCAUACUCAAAAAACAUUAUGCUGAAGACUAGGUUUUCAACCUAUUACAAAGCCAUCAUGCCAUCCGGAUCAAGCUACUUUGUUAAGAGGAUUAAUUGGAGUGACAAGAUAUUCCAAUUCGGCAGCCACGAUAAAUUCUGGCGAGAGUUGGAAGUUUUGGGGAAACUGAGCAAUUCAAAUGUGAUGACUCCUUUAGCCUAUGUUUUGUCUGUUCACAGUGCUUAUCUGUUUUAUGAGUUUUUUCCAAAGGGAACCCUUUUUGACGUUCUUCAUGGUAGCCUGGAAAAUGCUUUGGAUUGGGCGAGCAGAUACAGCAUAGCAGUUGGGGUCGCUCAGGGCCUUUCUUUUCUGCAAGGUUGCACCUCUGGCCCGAUACUACUACUUGAUCUAUCAAGCAGAAACAUCAUGCUGAAGUCCCUCAAGGAACCUCAAAUUGGAGAUAUCGAGCUAUGCAAGGUUAUCAAUCCCUCAAAGAGCACUGGAAGCCUUUCUGUGGUUGCUGGUUCUUUUGGCUAUAUUCCUCCAGAGUAUGCUUACACGAUGAGAGUAACAAUGGCUGGGAACGUUUACAGUUUUGGUGUCAUUCUCCUGGAACUGCUGACCGGAAAACCAGCUGUUAGUGAGGGAACUGAGUUGGCCAAGUGGGCCUUAAGCAAAUCAGUCAGGCAAGACAAUUGGGAUCACAUCCUUGACCCUAAUAUCAGCAGAACAUCACUUGCCACCAGAAGUCAGAUGCUUCAAGUCCUGGAUGUUGCUCUUGGUUGUGUAAAUGUAUCACCAGAAGCAAGGCCAAAGAUGGAGAAUGUGCUAAGGAUGCUCCUAAACGCAAGAUAAAAUCAUCUUGGAAAUUGAGGUUCUAUACUUUCUUAUUAGAGAAUUAAUAAAAGGGAAAAUCUUCUUUCUCCAUUCAAGAACUGGAAGCAUUCUUUUGAUCAACCCGAAUGUAGAAGUUACAAAUUUUAUUUAUCAACUUCUUCCCCCUCCCUCCCUCCCUCUGGCAGCAAUAUGGUACCUUUAUCAUGUAUAAUAGAGAUAAAUACAAAGUUGGCUCUGAUUGACUAAUCUUGCUACUUACUUCUCAAGCAAAGCACCUGCUCAAUCAUAUCUUUCAUAACUGCAUCCAAAUAUAGAUCUGGAUGUAAGGAACAUUUAGACUCUCACUGAUUUCAUUCUAAGAUGAACUUUGUCUGUUCCUUGGAAUGACACGGUUUCUCUCCAGUUACUGGUUUGAGAAA